AUGGCCACAACAAUCCCAACAACCCACAAGGCCGUCGCCGUGCCCGGCCUCCGCCAAAACUACACCCUCAUCGACCGCCCGACCAAGCGGCCCGCGCCCGGCGAGGCCCUCGUCCGCGUCGACUGGGCCGCCUCGUCGCCCGCAGACGUGCACGUCAUCGACGGCGGCGUCGCGGACCCGCAGUUCCCCUUCGUCACGGGGACCUGCUUCGCCGGCACCGUCGUCCAGAUGGGCGCCCGCGACCCGGCGGCGGCCCCGCACCGCACCCAGGACCUGCGGGCCGGCGACCCGGUCCUGGGCUUCACCUUCGGCCCCCCCGACCGCAAGACGCACCAGGCCUACCUCACGACGCCGACGUACAACCUCGGCCGCCGGCCGCCCAACGUCUCGCCCGAGCAGGCGUCGACCGUGCCCGCCAACCUCGUCACGGCCUUCCACACCCUGACCAGGGACCUGGGCCUGCCGCUCGCGGACGGCCAGACCGGCACCGGCACCGCCACGGACAACAAGGACAAGGACAAGGACAAGCCCGUGCUCCUGUGGGGCGCGGCCAGCGGCGUGGGCCAGUACGCGGCGCAGGUGCUCCGGCACUACGGCUACGCCAACGUCGUGGCCGUCGCCAGCGCGCGGCACCACGCGUACCUGGCCGGCCUCGGCGCGACGGCGUGCUUCGACUACCGCGACCCGGACGUCGUGGAGCGCGUGCGCGCGCACCUCGGCGGGGCCGCGCCGCCCUACGUCAUCGACUGCAUCGGGUCGCGCGAGGGCACGCUGCGGCCCCUGACCAAGAUCGCCGGCGCGGGUUCGCGCGUGGCGGUCAUGCUGCCCGUCAUCACGCGGGAGGCGGCGACCGGCGACGGCGGCGGCGAGGUGCCCGAGUACGAGAUGGACAUCGGCAAGGUGCUGGCCGGGGAGUGGGCCGAGGGCGUCGAAGUCCGGGGCGUGAGGACGUAUUUCUACCAGGAGAACGAGUUCUUCAAGUAUCAUCUGAUGCCGGAGAUUGUGCCGGACUUGCUGGCCAAGGGAGUGAUCCAGCCGAACCGGUACAAGGUCGUGGAGGGGCCCACGAUGCUGGAGCGGGCGCAGGGGGCGUUGGACAUUCUGCGAGGCAAGGCGCAGAGCGGUGAGAAGAUCAUCUGGAGAGUGUCGGAUGAGUGA